UCCUCUGCUUCUUCGAUGGCGUUGCAUCGAAGCAUCAGAGAUUGGUAUGGUGGUGGUGAGAGAGCAGCAGCAGCAGCAAGAAGAGAAAGCGAUAAUCGAACUGAUUAAGAUCGUGAAAUCGAAGUAAUCUUUUGUUGCUUAAUCUCAGAUCUUUUGAUAAGGAGGAAGAAGCAAGAAGAGAGGUCAACGAAGAAGAUGAAGCUCUCUGCUUUACAUCAGAGUUACUUGAAUCGUCGGAGUAAUAGCUUCAGAUCUCCGACGUCUCUUGAUUCUUCCGUUGAUGGCUCCGGGAAGUCUUUAAUCGCUGUGUUUUGGCUUAUCCUGCACUGUCUUUGUUGCUUGAUUAGUCUAGUCCUCGGGUUUCGUUUCUCCAGAUUAGUCUUCUUCUUCCUCUUCUCUACUUCUUCAAUGAAUCUCUACUCUGCUCCGUUUCGUCCUGACUUACCGGUGAAGCACCUCGAUGUUCACACAAUCGGCCGUAAUCUGGAUCCCGGAGCAAACGGGACGGUGGCGAUGGCGACGAAGAGCUCUCGUGUUGUCGUUGGAAGACAUGGGAUCCGGAUCCGGCCUUGGCCGCAUCCGAAUCCCGUCGAGGUAAUGAAAGCUCAUGGGAUCAUUGAGAGAGUUCAGAAGGAGCAAAAGACCAUCUUUGGGAUGAAAAGUAGUAAGAUGGUUAUAGCUGUGACACCUACUUAUGUGAGGACUUUUCAAGCUUUGCAUUUGACUGGUGUGGUGCAUUCUUUGAUGCUUGUUCCUUAUGAUGUGGUUUGGAUCGUUGUUGAAGCUGGUGGUGCUACUAACGAGACGGGUUUGAUUAUUGCUAAAUCAGGACUUAGGACGAUUCAUGUUGGGAUUGAUCAGAGAAUGCCUAAUACUUGGGAGGAUCGUAGUAAAUUAGAAGUCUUUAUGAGACUUCAAGCUUUGAGAGUUGUGAGGGAAGAGAAGCUUGAUGGGAUUGUGAUGUUUGCGGAUGAUAGUAAUAUGCAUAGUAUGGAGUUCUUUGAUGAAAUUCAGAAUGUGAAGUGGUUUGGUACUGUUUCUGUUGGGAUAUUGGCGCAUUCGGGGAAUGCGGAAGAGAUGGUUAUGUCGAUGGAUAAGAGGAAAGAGAUGGAGAAAGAGGAAGAAGAGGAGAGCUCUUCGUUACCGGUACAAGGUCCUGCUUGUAACUCAACUGAUCAGUUGAUUGGUUGGCAUAUUUUCAAUACAUUGCCAUAUGCGGGGAAGAGUGCUGUUUAUAUAGAUGAUGUUGCUGCGGUGUUGCCUCAAAAACUGGAGUGGUCUGGCUUUGUGUUGAACUCGAGAUUGCUUUGGGAGGAAGCUGAGAAUAAGCCAGAGUGGGUUAAGGACUUUGGGUCGUUGAAUGAGAAUGAAGGUGUGGAGAGUCCUUUGUCUUUAUUGAAGGAUCCUUCAAUGGUGGAGCCUCUUGGAAGCUGUGGAAGACAGGUUCUGCUAUGGUGGCUUCGAGUUGAAGCACGCGCUGAUAGCAAAUUCCCUCCCGGAUGGAUAAUUGAUCCUCCGUUAGAGAUUACAGUCGCGGCUAAACGCACUCCAUGGCCAGAUGUUCCUCCUGAGCCACCAACCAAAAAGAAAGAUCAAAUGCCAUUAUCCCAAGGCAACACCGUCGUGGUAAUACCGAAGCAGCAACAACAUUCAACCAAAAUCCGAAAACCGAAACGCAGAAGUAAGAAAAAUAAACACGAACCUAGACCAACGGAUACACAAGUUUAUUCAUCUUCGUCUAAGCAUCAAGAAAGAAACUGAGAAAAGAAGAAAAAACUUUUGAGAGAUCAAGAGGUCCUUCUACUAUUAUUAUUCAUUUGUUACCAAAGUUUUAGAGAAAUCUCAGAGAUCAUCUUCUCCUCCAGAUACCGCAAAUAUUACAACUAACGGAGAGGAAAACAAAACCGGGAAAAUUAGAUUACGAUGAUGGAAGGUAUACAGGUUUUUCGGGGAAUGAUGAUCAUUCGUUUUUCAACUAUCGUUUUAUUUUUGGUCUUUUAAAACUUAUCUUUAUUAGUAACAAAUCAAAGAUUGUUUGUUUCAAUGUUCUUGAGGGUUACAAAAAGUGUAGAAACAAAACUUUGAGUUGUAUAGUUUUGUAAGCAUAUUUUCUCAAUUCAUUUAUGUUUUCUUACAUAGAAGCAUUAUCUUCUCAUGGACCCAAAACUUGAAAGCCGCCCUCGAUUUUACUUAUAUUGAUGAAAUAAAUCAAUUUUACUUUUA